GGGCUGCUCCUUAAAGGAGCCGUGAGAGGGUGCCCAGCGGCCCCUAGGCUUCUCCCCUUCUCCAGGGCGAGAAGGGGCUAGGGUGCAGAGGCACUGCUGCUGGAGUUCUUGGUGGAGUGUGGGAAGGCAGCCGAGUGUUUUGUGGCAUCGCGGACCUCACUGGCCCAGAAGAGGGAGCGAUCCCGGGGCAGAGUCCAGGGCGGCUCAAGGCUCCUCCGCACACGCCCGCUGAACCCUGAGCACCCUGAGCCGCUGGGAUGGGGCGGGCUGAGGCCGCCGCCAUGAUCCCGAGCCUGGCUCUGCUCUGGGCAGCAGUACUGGGGGGUGCCACCCCCAGCCCCCCACGCCUUCGGCUCUCCUUCCAAGAGCUCCAGGCCCGGCAUGGUCUCCAGACCUUCAGGCUGGAGAGGACCUGCUGCUAUGAAGCUUUGCUGGUGGAUGAGGAGCGUGGACGCCUGUUCGUGGGUGCCGAGAACCAUGUGGCCUCCCUCAGCCUGGACAACAUCAGCAAGCGGGUCAAGAAGCUCGCCUGGCCGGCCCCUGUGGAAUGGCGAGAGGAGUGCAACUGGGCGGGGAAGGACAUUGGUACUGAGUGCAUGAACUUCGUGAAGCUGCUGCAUGCGUACAACCGCACCCACCUGCUGGCCUGUGGCACAGGGGCCUUCCACCCAACCUGUGGGUUUGUGGAGGUGGGCCACCGGCUGGAGGAGCCCAUGCUCCGGCUGGACCAUCGAAGGCUUGAGGAUGGCAAGGGCAAGAGUCCUUACGACCCCAGGCAUCGGGCUGCCUCCGUGCUGGUGGGGGAAGAGCUGUACUCAGGGGUGGCUGCAGACCUCAUGGGACGGGACUUUACCAUCUUCCGCAGCCUGGGUCAGCGUCCGAGUCUCCGAACAGAGCCACACGACUCCCGCUGGCUCAACGAGCCCAAGUUCGUCAAGGUGUUUUGGAUCCCGGAGAGUGAAAACCCAGAUGAUGACAAGAUCUACUUCUUCUUCCGUGAGUUGGCAGUGGAGGCCACGCCGGCACUAGGACGCCUGUCUGUUUCCCGUGUUGGCCAGAUCUGCAGGAAUGACGUGGGUGGCCAGCGCAGCCUGGUCAACAAGUGGACAACGUUCCUGAAGGCACGGCUGGUGUGCUCAGUGCCUGGUGUUGAGGGUGACACGCACUUCGACCAGCUCCAGGACGUGUUCCUGCUGUCCUCACGGGACCGCUGGACCCCGCUGCUCUAUGCUGUCUUCUCCACUUCCAGCGGCAUCUUCCAGGGCUCCGCAGUGUGCAUGUACAGCAUGAAUGAUGUGCGCCGGGCCUUCCUGGGACCCUUUGCACACAAGGAGGGGCCCAUGCACCAGUGGGUGUCCUACCAGGGCCGUGUCCCCUACCCCCGGCCUGGCAUGUGCCCCAGCAAGACCUUUGGCACCUUCAGUUCCACCAAGGACUUUCCUGAUGACGUCAUCAAGUUUGCCCGGAACCACCCCCUCAUGUACAAUUCAGUCCUGCCCAUGGGGGGACGCCCUCUCUUCCUACAAGUGGGUGCCGGGUAUACCUUCACCCAGAUCACUGCGGACCGUGUAGCUGCUGCUGACGGACAUUAUGACGUCCUCUUCAUUGGCACAGACGCUGGCACAGUGCUGAAGGUGAUCUCAGUCCCCAAAGGCGGCUGGCCUAACGCCGAGGGGCUGCUCCUGGAGGAGCUACACGUGUUUGAGGACUCAGCGGCUGUCACCAGCAUGCAAAUCUCCUCCAAGAGGCACCAGCUGUACAUAGCCUCGCGGAGCGCGGUGGCCCAGAUCCCGUUGCACCGCUGUGCUGCCCACGGCCACGCCUGCGCCGAAUGCUGCCUGGCGCGUGACCCCUACUGCGCCUGGGACGGGGCUGCGUGCACGCGCUUUCAGCCCAGUGGCAAAAGGCGGUUCCGGCGGCAAGAUGUAAGGAAUGGGGAUCCCAGCACGCUAUGCUCGGGGGACUCGUCCCAUCCCACACUGCUGGAGCAGAAGGUGUUCGGUGUGGAGGGCGGCAGUGCCUUCCUGGAGUGUGAGCCCCGCUCACUGCAGGCGCGCGUGGAGUGGACCUUCCAGCGCCCAGGGGAGGCGGCCAGCACCCAGGUGCCUGCAGAGGAGCGUGCCGAGCGCACUACGCGAGGGCUGCUGCUGCGCGGCCUGCGGCGCGGGGACUCAGGCAUGUACCUGUGCGCAGCAGUGGAGCAGGGCUUCUCGCAGCCGCUGCGUCGCCUGGCGCUGCACGUGCUGAGUGCUGCGCAGGCCGAAAGGCUGGCCCGGACGGAGGAUGCUGCGCCCGUCGCGCCGCUGGGCCCCAAGCUCUGGUACCGGGACUUCCUGCAGCUGGUGGAGCCAGGCGGCGGUGGCGCGAGCUCCCUGCGAAUGUGUCGUCCACAGCCCGGGCCGCGCCCGCCGCCUCCCGAGUUGCGGAAGAAGGGCCGCAACCGGCGGACGCAUGCCACAGAGACCCGCUCUGAGCGGGGUCCGCGCAGCGCAGCGCACUAGUGACUCGGCCGUCCCCACGCCGGGGACUGGGGAGGUGACGACAGGUGGGAGAGAGGGGGCGGACAGAUCCUGGGACACGGACAGUUAGGGGCCGGGCACACUGCCGUCUCCGGCCUACGGAGACACCGACUGACAGGCCCUGGCCGAGGGGCAGCCGCACUGGCUUAUUUAUUAACAGAAAAUAACCCUUGAAUGUAGCCCCGGGAGGGGUGGCCCAGGCCGGGCACAGGGUGCAGCUGGUGCCUGGCAUGGAGGAGGCAGAGAAGCAAGGCUCCAGAGCCACGACCUGGGCAGGGGAGGUGCCCCCGAGUGCCCACCCUGGGGGAAGGAUCUCCUCCUUGGGCAAUGAGUAGAAAGCUGUGAACAGGCUGGGCUGGCGGGGGUGGGGCAGGCCGACUGUACUAAUGCAAUAAACACAUUAUCAGCUGAAGCUGGAAUGGCUCUAGCAGA